AUGACUAUUAAUGCUACUAGUACUACUACUACUAAUGCUGCUACUAUUAAUACUGCCACUACUACUGCUACUACGACUACUACAAAUACUAAUGGUUGUAUUACUACUACUACUAACACAAUUGCUAAUACUACUGCCAUUUAUACUACUACUACUACUACUAGUACUGCUACUACUACUAUUUCUAUUACAACCACUACCGCUACCAAUACUACUACUACUACUACUAGCACUUCUACUACCGCUACUACCAUUACUACUGCUACUAUUUUUAACAUUAUGAAUACUACUGCUACUACUGCUACUAAUAUGAUUACUACUUCUACUAAUAUCACUACUACUACCACUACUACUAAUGUUACUACUACUAUUGCUACCGCCACUACUACUACUACUACCACUAUUACUAACACUACCACCACUGCUACUACUGCUAAUAGUACUACAGCUACUACUACUACCAUUACUUCUAAUACUGCUAAUACUACUAAUGCUACUACUACUACUAAUACCAAUACUACUAGUACUAGUAAUACUACUACUACUACUAAUAGUAAUGCUACUGCUACUGAAACUGCUAACACUGCUACUACUGUUAAUGCUACUACUGCCAAUACUACUACUGGUAUUACUACUACCGCUAAUAUUUCUACCAGUAUUACUAAUAUUACUACUAAUACUACCACUGUUACUAUCAUUAAUACUUCUGCUACUACAACUACAAAUAGUAAUACUAGUACUACCACUAAUAAUACUGCUACGGCUAAUACUACAUUUAUUACUGCAACUACUGCUACUACUACUACUACUACUUCUAAUACUACUGCUACUACUACUACUGAUACUAUUACUCAUAGUUCUACUACUACUACUAAUAAUAAUACUACUACUGCUGCUGCUACUACUACUACUACUACUACUACCGCCACUACUAACACUACUAUCGAUACCGCUACUACUAAUACUAAGACUACUACUACUGCUUCUAUUGCUACUGCUACUAAUAUUACUAGUAUUAAUACUAAUAUUACAACUACCGCUACUACUACUGCUACUACUACUACUGCUACUAAUGCUACUACUACUACUACUACUCUUAUUACUAUUACUGCUGCUACUAUUACUACUACUACUCCUACUGACACUGCUACUGCUACUUCUACUGCUUCUACUACUACUAAUACUACUCCUACUGCUGCUGCUUAUUCUACUGCUACUGCUACUUCUACUGCUACUCUUACUGCUACUGCUACUACUAGUAUUGCUUCUACUACUGGUACUACCACUACUAUUACUACUAAUGAUAAUGCUACUGCUACUUGUACUUCGAAUGCUACUGCUACUGCUACUGCUAAUACUACUAAUAAUACUAAUGGUACUACUACUACUCCUACUACUAUUCCUAAUACUACCAAUCCUGUUACUACUACUACUACUACUACUACUACUAGUAUUAAUAUGACUACUGCUUUUGCUACUACUACUACUACUACUACUACUACUAAGAUUACUA